UUGCUAACAGGCAUACCCGGAUAGUGCUUCUACUAAUUGCAGAGAUAUGACACGAUCAUGUUUUCUGGGCUGGUUUAGUAUAUUGUACGAGAUAAUGAAGUCACCAUUCAUGAAGUUAAGUAGGUACGCUUUCAUUUCAAGCUGGAUCUCAGGCAUUCAAAUAUAUAGUCUUCUGUCCACGGGUGCAACACUUUCCAACUUCGAUCUUACCUACUACUUAGGAGUCAGACGUACGCUUCAUAUACUCUAUAUUACCAACACCGUUGCUCAACGGCCACUUGUAAAUACGCUACCGUAUCCACAGCCCUCAAGAUGUAUGGACUUGGGAACCAGGCACUUAACGUCAACAGUGUCGUCGGCCAACAUGCCAAUCUGGAAAUUACUAAUCAUGGUUCAGACUGGUUCUAUGCCGUCUGUGCCUUGAUGGGUCUAGCCACCCUUAUUUUCAUGGGUAUGGCCUUCAUGAAGCCCAAAGGAGAACGAAUCUUUCACUACAUCACAGCCGGUAUAACAGCUAUCGCGUGUAUCUCGUACUUCGCCUUGGGCUCAAAUCUUGGCCAAGUUCCUAUCCAAGCGGAAUUCAUCCGCCCAGGCAACAGAUGGACUCGAUCGGCAGGAACUCGAGAGAUAUUCUAUGUUCGGUAUAUUGACUGGGCUAUCACCACCCCUUUGCUCCUCCUCGACCUUCUCCUAACUGCGGGAGUUUCCACCCCAACGAUUCUGAUCACACUACUUGCCGACGAGAUUAUGAUUAUUACUGGCCUAAUUGGCGCUCUAACUCAGACUCGUUACAAGUGGGGGUUCUGGACCUUUGGCAUGGCAUCACUCUUGUUCAUCGCGUACCAACUGCUGUUCAACGCACGGCGUCAAGCAUCAAGGCUAGGUGGCGACCCUAAGCGAACCUUCAUGAUAUGUGGCGUAUUGCUCCUCUUCGUAUGGUUCAUGUAUCCAAUUGCUUGGGGCCUAAGCGAGGGCGGGAAUGUCAUCCACCCGGACGGCGAGGCUGUAUUUUACGGGGUCCUCGAUAUCUUAGCGAAGCCUAUUUUCGGAAUAAUCCUCCUAAUGGGCCACCGGAAGACUAGCAUGUCACAGCUGGGCCUUCGAAUUCGGGACCGUAGCCACAUCACUAGUGAGAAGUAUAGUCCAGGAGACAUCCACCGUGACGGCGUCCAUUCCGAAGGCCCUGGAGAAAACGUUGGUGGCCACCCCAGUCAUAUGCCUGCUCCCCAACCCCACGUCUGAUCAAAUAUUGGGAUACGAAUCCUUCAUCGCAUCAUAUUAUCGGCAGUACUUCUAUCAAUUGUGUCUACCAUUUCGAGGCACUCGAUUUAUCAUCUCAGCCCCUUAACCUAGGUUGACUUGAGACUUGAUUUUCAGAUGAGAGCAUGAAUUGUUUGGGUUUAUUCAUCUAGCCGACGAGUGGAUUAUUGGGCUAGUUCCAGGGGAUGAACUAAAUAGUCACGGCGUAUAUGAUACUCAAUCUAUUGUCACAAUACAGUACCUAGUAUAUAC